AUGGCGUACAAGUUAACGCAAACGUUAAAAACAAAGAGCAUAGUAAGGACAGUGCGUUUCAACGUCGACGGAGCUUAUUGCAUCGUUUGUAACAGUGACCGUAGGCUGUACUUGUUCAACCCUCACCGCAGCGCCCUGCUGAAGACUUACUGCGGACAUGGCGGAGAAGUAAUGGACGCGGACAGCUCCUGCGACAGCGGCCAGAUAAUUUCCGGAGGCUUGGAUAAAUCUGUGAUUCUCUGGGACGUGGCAACGGCGAGUCCUCUGCGAAGGUUCCGAGGCCACGCGAGUGGGGUCGCUGCGGUCAAAUUCAGCGAAGAGUCGACCUUGAUAGUCUCCGGGGGCAGGGACAACUUGGUCCAGUUGUGGGACGUGCGCUCCAGGUCCCAGGACCCGGUGCAGACUCUCUCCGAGGCCAAGGACGCCAUUUCGAGUGUCAGGAUCUCCGACCAUGAAAUCCUGACCGCUUCCUUUGACGCUAGAAUCAGGAGGUACGACGUUAGGGUUGGCCAGCUUGCUACAGACUGCCUUGGAGAUGCUGUUACCUGCUCGUCCUUCACCAGAGAUGGACAGUGCACCCUUAAUAGCUGCGCUGAUGGCGCCCUCAGGCUCCUUGAUAAGGACUCCGGUGAAUUACUGAACGAAUUCAAGGGCCAUCUGGCCAGCGACCUUUGUUUAGAGUCUUCUGUUGACUCCCAGGACACUAGGGUCUUGUCCGGCUCCGCAGAUGGCGCUCUAUGCAUCUGGGACCUCGCUUCUGGGGAGCUAGUGGAUAGGCUCAAAGGCGAUUCAAGGUUUCCUGUUGUUUCUGUUAGUGUUCAUCCGACGGAAAAUUGUAUUUUGGUUAGCAAUGGCAGCAAUGUUUUUAUGUGGGUGUAUGAAGAAUAA